CUUCAUUCCCAUCCUACAUGAAAUUUUGAGAGUAGCCAUAGAGAGAGAGAGAAAGAGAGGGUUUCAUAGAGACCCUUCGGCUUUAAAUACUUGAAAUUCAGAGAGAGAGAGAGAGAGGUUUAAGAAUUUAUUGAGUAUCAGAAAUGGCGGUUCACCACCAAUGGACGUUUGUUUUUGGUAUCUUAGGAAACCUCAUAUCUAUAUGUGUUUAUCUUGCACCUUUGCCUACGUUCAUAAGGAUAUAUAGAGAAAAAUCGACGAUGAGAUUCCAUGCUUUACCAUAUAUCGUGGCACUCUUUUCGUCUUUGCUAUGGAUGUACUACGCAUUCUUGAAGGGAAAUGCCCUUCUGCUUAUAUCUAUCAACUCCUUUGGAUGUGUUAUAGAAACAAUUUAUAUCGCUUUGUACAUUUCGUACGCAUCCAAAAAUAUUAGAAACCGCACAAUCAAAAUAUUAGGCCUUGUGGAUGUUGCGUUGUUCGCCUUGAUUUUUCUUGCCUCAUUCUUCAUCUUCGAUGGCGAAACUCGCAUUCGGGUGGUUGGAUGGAUUUCCGUGGCUGUCUCCGUCAGUGUGUUUGCAGCACCAUUAAGCAUUACGCUUCAAGUCGUCAGAACUAAAAGUGUAGAAUUCAUGCCAUUCUUCUUGUCAUUUUUCUUGACACUAAAUGCAGUCAUGUGGUUUGCCUAUGGUGUACUUCUCAAAGAUUUGUGUAUUGCACUCCCCAAUGUUCUUGGAUUCGGGUUGGGACUUGUUCAGAUGUUACUUUAUGGGAUCUAUAGGAACUCGAAGCCAGUUAUAGAAGAGAAAAAAUUACCAGAACAUGUGAAGAACAUUAUACUUCUAGGAACCCCAGAAGUUCAUCCAGCUGAUUCAGAAUCCUGUAGAGAUUUUAAAGAAGAAAAGACCAGUGCCCAAGAGGAGAAAAAGGAUGAAGAAAAUUGUGCAAUAGCUUUGGAAAUGGAACCCUGUAGACCAGUGAAAGUGCAGCUGGAUUCACCUUCGCUCAUUGUUUGUGCAGCUUAAUUCAUAUAAUUCACAGUUUAAUUACCUCCCAGUUAUGAUGUCAAGUAGUAAAAAAGAUAGAUUAUGUUUAAUUCUCGUAAUUUUCAAUGAGAGGGUAAAAAUGUGGCUUGAUGUGAUGUGCACUUUGUUCUCAGAAGAAUUGUCACUUUACUAUCAAGUCAUGGAAUAUUUUUGUUCUCUCUGUU